AUGUUAAACCAAACUGUACCAGCAUCUAGCUUUCCUGCGGAAACUAGUCAAGAUUACCCGUCUUGCCCAGAACAAAACACCAAAGAGUAUAUAAAAGGCAUCAAAGCAGCCGCUUACAUCUUAGUGAUACUGCUUUCCCUGUUCGGAAAUGUUAUGGUCGUGCGGGUUGUGCACAAAACCCGGCGAAUGCGAACCAUCACGAACUAUCUUAUCGUCAACAUGGCUGUUGCCGACCUUUUGACCACUGUUUUCAACAUGCUACCUACAACUUACUGGAUACUCCGUGGACUAGAUAUCUGGGCUGUUGGUGGAUGGAUAGGAGAGGCUCUUUGCAAACUACUGCCCUUCGCGCAAUCACUCACAAUCUCGGUUUCGGUUUUCACGCUCUGCACGAUCGCAUUCGAUCGUUUUUUCGCAAUAUUCAGACCGUUAAAACGUGUGAUUACAUUUCGCGUCGCCAAAGGUAUCAUUUCAUCUACAUGGUUAUCGUCGGUCAUCAUCUCAGGUCCUCAGCUUUACGUUUCUACAACCACCGGUGAAAAAGGCCUGGCCCAUUGCAAAGAAAAAUGGGAUCCACCGUUUGAUGAAAACACAGCUCCUCGAGAUUACACCAUAGCGCUGUUUGUAAUGCUGUAUGCCUUGCCUCUGACGCUCAUAGCAUCUCUGUACACAGUAAUUAUGUUUAAACUGUGGCGAAGGCAAGCACCUGGCCAAGAACUGUCGUCAAACCAAGAAAAUAAGGACAAGACUAACAAGAAAGUCUUAAAGAUGUUAGUAACCGUUGUAAUCGUUUUUGCAUUAUCCUGGCUUCCGUUGUACGUCAGAAUGUUUGUGAUGUUUGCGGAAUCGGCUCGUUAUGUCUGCGGUCUGCCUUACGAUAUGGAUUUUCUAACUCUAUUCCUUGGCCACGCCAACUCUGCUGUGAACCCGUACAUUUACGUCAUUUUCAACGAGAACUAUAGAAGAGGAUUCAGGACUGCGCUAUCCCGGCGUCGCCGUGGAAGCAGUCGCGAGCUGUCGCGUAGCACAACUCGAAGAACCAAGUCCACAAGACUACAAGAGAAAGAAGCCAACCUAUUACACGACGAUUCACGACAAAAAAAAUCUGUACUGCGAGCUUUUAAAAGACAAAACUCAGAAAUAUUAUUGCCAAUGACAACGACAACGGAAAAUCUUUAA